AUGAUGCUUUAUCGAUAUCUCUGCCGUAACAACGGACAUGAAGCUGAGGUUUCAGAGGUUUCGACUGAAGCAGCAAUAAAGCAGGCGUUAAGGGUGGAGGUGUGGAGUGGUAGUUAUGGUGGCAUCGAAGAAAGCCAGGAAGGAGGAGGUGAAGGAAGAAGAAGCAGUGAAUGUAGCAUCUGCCUUAUGGAAUUCAAAGACGGCGAGUUCUGCUGUGUUCUUCCCUCCUGCAACCACAACUUCCAUGUCCACUGUAUCGAAAACUGGUUGAGGCUUAACAAAACCUGCCCUUUAUGCCGGACUUUUGUCAGGCUUUUGAUCAUUAAAUCUGCACAGUAA